ACAAUACAUCUUCUUAAAGAAUAUCAAAUAAACACAUUAUCCACAGCCACAUACCUUCCUUAGGUAUUUGUUUCUUUCUCUCCGCCCCUUUAGUCUCUGUCUCAACCCACCCCUCUCUCCCUGCCACUUUCAGAGAAAGAGCGAGAGAGAGGGAGAGAGAAAUAAAAUGUGGUGGUUUGGAUAACUGGGGCAAGGUAACUUUACAGGAUAGAACACAUCGAAGGGAAGGGAGCCCCUGGUUGCUCUCGAAAGGAACACUUACAAAGUGAUGCAGAAGCCUCUCAUCCAGGAUUUGGCACUGUAAUCAUCUGGUCUGUUGUUCUACAACUACCCAACAAAACCCCACAAGUCUGAACCCCUCUACGCUACACACUUCUGUUAUUGGUUACCAGAGGAAGCUUAAAGCCUAAUCUCUGCCCCUGUAACAAAACAUGAGGGUACAGGUGUUCUCACGGGCACAUAUUCUACAGGAAUUCCAUCUGCGCUGUCAAUCACUCGCUGCCAAGGACAACAGUGGUUUCUGGCAGAAGUUUGAGGAGCUGAAUGAUGUUGGUAAAGAGUUCACUACCAGGGCUGGAAACCUGGAGGCCAACAGAGAGAAGAACAGAUAUCCCUACAUACUGCCUUAUGACCACAGUCGAGUGAGGCUGUCCCUGCUAGACUCCCAGCUACACUCAGAUUAUAUCAACGCUAGUUAUGUCCCUGUGAGUACUCUGUCUGUCCGUCUGUCGCUGUGUCUGUCCGUCUAUUCAUUCAUCAAGUCUGCUGUCUGUCUGUCUGCUCCUCAGGGUGGAUGUACAGUGCGAGACUUCAUCUGUACCCAGGGUCCUUUGCGCAGCACCAUCGCUGACUUCUGGAGGAUGGUGUGGGAGCAGAACAUUAGGAUCAUCGUCAUGGUGACCGCCCUAAAACAGAAGGACAUGGUGCUGUGUUAUGAGUACUGGCCAAUGGAGCAAGGGACGGUGUCGUACGGAGUGGUCCAGGUUACCACAGUGUCUCGUAAACGGCGUCCAGAUUAUUUCAUCACCACCAUUCACUUACGACAGCACGGUUUUCCCGUAGAGAGGACAGUAACACACUACUACUACGCUGCCUGGCCAGACCAGGGUGUACCCAACGACCUCGCCUCUCUCUGUGCUUUUACUGAGCAUGUGCGGCAGCAUCUGGACACUCUACCCCUUCUGGGGCCUGCAGUGGUGCACUGCAGUGCAGGUGUGGGGCGGUCUGGGACGUUUGUCGCUCUGCUGUGGCUGAUGCAGCUGUGUGUGCGUGGCAUCAUGCCUGAUGUUAGAGCAGCCGUGGAGGACCUGAGACGGCACCGAGUCAUGAUGGUCCAGAACCUGGAGCAGUAUAUACUGGUUCAUCAGUGUCUGAUGCACUGGCUGAGUGGAGGGAGUGUGGGACCUCUAAGCUGGCUAUCAGAACUCUUAACUUCUCAGCAGAGUACAGAGUCAUGCUGGCCCUGCUCAUGUUGAUCAGAGGCAGGAUCACCCCCUCACCUCCUCAGGGCGAUCAGGUCAGGGAAACCGGUCGAGAGGGAGGCGCAGGCGGCAACAGGAACAGCACACCCCCCAUCUAGUCCAAACCCAACCACAAACCCAGAGCUCCGUGCAACAGCUGCUCAACCCUAGGAACUUGCUAAGAAGACUGCUGCCCCCCUCUAUGCAUAUUAAUCCACAAAAACACACUUGAGGACUAAUCGCACAAAUGCAGACACACCCAACACCUUAAUCCGCAUUUACACACCAAUCUAUAGCCACACCCUCAUCUUCACUCAGUCACACACCUGGAAGGGCUAACUCCGUCUGAACAAACAAUAGUACACACACCUGUAUCUACAAGUGAAACCACAUAUCCAAACUCCAACACACCUGGGGUUGAGGGAAGAUGUCCCAACCUAGGGACUAUUGUACGUUGUGUGAUUACAUAUAACAAGGCCUUUGACUGAGUGGGAAGGGGACUUUGCCCUAUGAGAUGACUGUGUGUGUGACAAAAGACAGACAGACAAAAGGAGGCAGCCGCAACAAUGGAUCCAUCUACUUCCUGGAUCAGUCCGACAGACAUAGAGAGAGGAACAUGCCUCUCCGGUUGAACCUGUUCCUCCAGACUGGAUUACCAACCAUGAAUAACUAUUAAGGCCUGAGGUAAUGGGGGAGAUAUGUACUUCAUCACAAAUGGUGCUGAGACACAUCUAUUCUCAUGAAUGCAAAACCAAGAUUGUCCCUAUGUAUAAGGUUGCAGCAAUGUUGAAAUGCAUUUAAAAAGCAUAGUAGUGUGCUGGAACAAGAUUUGUAUGUUGAUGUACAUUGUUACAUAUGUGUCUCUGACUGCUUGUUUAUCUUCCUGGUGAAAAACAGCCUCUAACACAAUUUAGACCCUUGAUUUACAUUAGGAAAAUUCUAUGAAAAUAUUUAACUACUUUGUGCAGAAAUUAAGCACUAUUGUUCACGUUAUCUCCAGAGAAAAACACAAACACGUGGUGAGUCACUGCACAAAAAAAGGUAAUGUUUGAAAAUCGCAGAGGCACUGUCAUUCUCCAUAAGGCUCUGACAGCACUUACAUAAAAUAAACAGAACAGUGGAUGAAAACCCA